ACCAAUUGCAAAUAUUAUGCAUUGUUUUAAGAUUUAAAGAACAGAAGGACAUGGUUAAUUUUUGUAACAUUUUCAGAGAUCGCCAACUGAGAAGACUUUUGCACAAAAUGAAAUUGUUCAGAAGGAGUAAUGACCGCCCCAAAAAUGAAAUUUUUGCUGCAGUUGAGGUACCAGUAUUACUGACUCCUUGAUUAUGGAGGUGAUCAUUAAGUGAAUUAAUUAAAUCCAAAUUAUUUUUGUAUCUUAGAGUGAAUUAAAAAAGUGGCCCCCAAUGAAAGGUGUUCGAGCUAUGUAUAGACGUGUGAGGGACUUCAGAGGAAUUCGACCAUGCUAUCGAAAUGAUGUACAUGAAGUAAUGCGUCAAUUGGAUGCAAGGGGGCUGCACAGACGACAGCCAGGAAAUCGCAAAAUUCUGAGAUGCCAGUACUCAACAAAGGGCCCCAAUCACACUUGGCACAUUGAUGGAAAUGAUAAAUUGCGUUUUUAUGGAAUCUGGAUUCAUCUGUGUAUUGAUGGAUAUUCAAGACGUGUUAUAUGGCUACAUGCAGGGACCUCCAAUCGGAAUCCACGUUUCAUUGCUAGAUAUUUUCUUGAUGCAGUGGAAACAGAAAAUGGUGAAACGUUUACUUUCGUUUCCAGUUGUCCACGCCUUGUGAGAGCAGAUAGGGGUUGUGAAAAUUCUUUAGUUGCCAUUAUACAGAUGUCUUUUAGAUACCAUCACCAUGACAGCUUAGCAGGAGUUAACAGUUUCAGAUAUGGGAAGUCUAUACAUAAUCAACGAGCAGAGUAAUUUAAUGGAUACCUAAAAAAAUCAUGGAUAUGUUUCUGGCAAAAACAUUUUGAGGCAAUGGUGGAAGCUGAAAUUUUGGAACUAUCCAAUCCCAUACAUAUGCAGCUUUACUCUGAGCGCAUUGAAUAGAACAACCACAGGAUUCGUAAGCAGACUUUAGCUGCAGGACCAUUUGGAAAACCAGACAUGCUUUAUUUUUGUCCUCCAUCCGGAACUCCAAAUAUGCUGUGCACAAUUGAUGAUGAUCUUCAGCAGCAUGCAGACACUAUGGCUUGUGAAAAGGGAUCCACCCUGACUGUGGCCAAUGUUGCUUUCAGGCAGUUGUGCUCCACUGUGUUUACUCUCCCUAGAUCAAUGGAUGGUUAUUCAGUUGAUGAUGCUGUGGCUUCCUAUCUAACGACUGCAAAUCACAUCAC